AUGUCGGAGCUCAAGGUCAUCUCCAAGUUUGCGGGAGAAGCGUUUGGAACCGACAAUAUUCGGACAGUCUAUGCUGGAGAGGCUCAAGGUAAGCUGGAAUGUCGCUUAUCCAGUAACAUAAUAUGCCAUUAGUCCGGCUUAUGGUGAUUAAAAUGAUUAUUUUACCUGCAAUUUUUCAUUUUGACACUAUUUGAGGCAUUUAGUCAUCAAAAAUUUUGAAAUAAGUUUUUUUUCCUAUAAAAUGUCGCCGCGCAGAACAAAAUUUACUGCUGUUGUAAAGUAGAGUCUCCAGCUUUAAUCGCCUCUAGACUAUGAAAUCUUAGCUCGGCUUUGAAAAAAAUUAUAGUACUUUAACUUUGUCCCAUCACUUGCGGCAAGUACAAUAUAAAAAUGCCCGUCAAAUUGAAUCCAUUUGGUAAAAUCUUCUCCAAGUUAGCCAACUGUUGUCUCAUAAGCCCUAUACUCUUGUUCUUAUCACUUUUGACGAUUUCAGAUACGGAGCGUCGUCCUGACAGGACAAUAAUCCUAGUCGGGCCAAUUGGCGCCGGAAAAUCAUCGUUUAUCGAUUUUCUUUGCAACUACUUUUAUGGUGCCAGAUUUGAUUCCGCAUUUCGCUAUAAAAUCGCUGAUGAAAUCUUUGACAGUACCACUCCAGACAAAGCAGUCACAAAAUAUGUGUUUAACGCGACAAAAUUGACUUAUCGGCCGAUUAUCAUUGAUACGCCUGGAAUUGGCGAUCCUCAGUAAGUAAAAGUUGUAACACCGGAUUCAAAAUAAGUCUUGUGCUUUGACAAAUCUUUGGUUAUUGUUUUGAAGCUAUACUAUGGCUAACAAAUGAAUUAUAGUGGUCUAAAGGCGGAUCGAGAGCUGGCCAAGCUGGUCUCCGAUUAUUUGUCCGCCGCUUCCAAGGAGCGCUUCCACGCGGUCUGUCUAAUAUUGCCAUCGUACAUGCAUACGAUCAACCCACAAAUCGAUGAUGAUCUUCACCUCACGUUGUCCUUGUUCCCAGACUGGAUGAAGAAGAAUAUUGUGCCAUUGAUUACGUACUCGGACUUUGGAGAGUACGACACAAACUUGUUGAAACAUUUUGGGCUGGAGGAUAACAACCGGUUCUUCUUGAAUAAUGAGUUCUUAUUCAGGAAGAUCUCUGGUAAGUUUUGGAGGCUUUUGUGUUCAAGUUGAAGACAUAAACAGUCAUAGUAAUAAGCUAUAUUUCCCAAGUUUUUUAUAAAAAAAACUUGGUAGAUUUUUAUGAAAUCAGAGAAUAAUUAAAACGACGUCUUGCUAGGGCAUAUGGCAAAUUUUGAGCUCGCGAAUAGCUAAAUCCAUCAAGAUUUCAUCAAGGUUUCUAGCUUGAACAAUGCGAACAAUUGUACAUUUUUUUGAGGAAGUAAAAAAACAUACAGGUAUUUUUAAUCUAGCCGUCUCUCCUCACUUUCCAUAGUCUUUUGGCAUCAAAGAUCGUUGAAUAUUUUGGCAGCCAUAGCCCCUGAGGAUUUUUUGAGGACCGUGAACUAAAAUUUUUCGGGGCAUUUUGUGGUCGACAGCUCGCUAUCACAAAAUUUGAAAAAAGAUUUUUAUCCUGUUCGCUGUCAAGAGCUCUCAGUACUGCGAUUCUCUUCCAUAACAAAAAAAUUUUAUUCCGAAUACAGUGUUCAAUUUUGGAGUGUACUUCCAAAAAUCCUCAUUGUUUUUUCCUCACUCAUGACUUUCGAGGUCAACGAUUUGUUUUUGCAAAAGGUGCGUCCGAGAGUUUUGAGUGAGGGUAAAUGGAAUUAAGUCGCCUCCGGGGUUUGUUUGCGCAACAUUAGCCGGUAAACUGGGGUUGGGAAAUUUCAUGAGAGCGUCUUGGAAAUCCCUCAGGGGCUUCGAUUUCUGGCUUUGAAUAUUUUUUUGUGGCGAAAAUCGCUACUUUACGCUUAAUAAUCUUGAUUUCUUUACGAAAGAAAUUUUAAUGUGUUUUGAGGAGAUGAGUCAAUCCGGUCGUUUGUGGGAAAGCAAUUUCCCUCUCCUCCGUUUUGUAUUUUUAAUCGGAAAGAGCCCUCGGUCAACCGAAAUUUGCAUAGUUUUGAAAUUGAAAUACCUUGUUGACACUACAAAAUUUUAUAUUUUUUCUUCUGAUUUUUCUCUUCCAUUGUGCUCUAGACGAUUUAUACAAUAUAACAAAAAAAGUUGCUGUUAUGCAAGCUUUUUUGUUCACGUUUUUUGAGCGCUUUUCGGGGCUCUCCACCAAUAUUAGCCUCGAUUUUCACGAACGAUCCACUUUUUCGGCAUUUGAGGGAGAAAAACAAGUGGCUAAGCAGUCAAGAUUACGAAAUGUUUACUUUCAGACUCUUUUAAAAGUUUAUUUCGUUGAAUCGUAAAGAAAAUUGCACAAAAAUCCACGUUUUUUGCUCGUAAAAAUGGGAAAAACCAGCUGCGAAGAGCCGAAAAGAUUGGGUAAAAGAAACGAAGAGAGAGCGCCGUGCGGGGGUAUAGCUCAGGGGUAGAGCGCUCGCUUAGCAUGCGAGAGGGCUGGGGUUCAAUUCCCCAUACCUCCAGAAAUCCUUUUUCGAAUUUUUGAGUGUUCUAAUAAAUUGAUUGCUGUAAUUUUUUGCUUUUAAAAAUUUUUCCAAGAUCCCGUUUUUUCAUUUAAAACCAAGAAAUCUUAUUUUAGUCGAUCCGAAUCGCCAGUCGGAGGAGCGACAAGUGUGGAGCCGCAACGAGCGGAACAUAAUCGAAUUCCUCCGUUACAUCGGAUCCCUGCGGCCUCAAACCAUCUCGCGCCGCCUUCCCCCCGAAUCCGAACCCUUGAAUCAAGACUUCGAGGAAGAGCGACGAGUUCGUUCGAGCCGUGUGAGUCAGCCCCGACAUUUUUUUCUUUUGUGUUUUUUCUUUUUUUUUGUAUUGAGACGAUACGAAAAAUAGUGGUGCUGAUAAUGAAUAUUGAUUGUGUGGGGCGUUAGGAGGCAGCUAAAUUUUGCCAAUUCCUUUCUGGAAUUCUGCAUAAUCUUGCAUUUUUUCCAGGAGACUGUCACCUAUCUUCUGGAGACAGAUGAGGUGAAGCAGAUUCGGGAAGAGUUCACGGAACAUUCUGGAAGUCCGAAACGUCAUUCAGGUACUCAUCGUGCCGCAACAUCUACAGUGUUUCAGAUUCCAGUAGGUUAAAAUCGAAUUUUUAUCAAAAUCGGCCCCUUUUAGCAAUUUUUUGUUGUUUUUGUCUAAAAGAAUUGAUUUAGCCGAUUUUAAGGGCUUAAAAACGAUUUUAAAUUCGAUUUGCCUCUAGGUAAACAAACCUCAACCCGUCCCAAUUGGUCAGCGAGUCGAAACACGAACGGUUUUGGGAGAAAACCGAUCAAAUAUCCCCAUCGGACAGGGCGCCGCGUUGAAAGACAUGAACCGGAAAGAAACCUUUAUCGAAAACAUCGAGGAGACUGUGGAAAGUAAGGAAAAGAAGACUUGAUUUUUUCAUGGUAUAAAGAAUAUAUACGUUGAUAAAUCUAGAUUUUUAGAACUAUUUCUUCGAAAUUGAUGACUUUGCAAAUUAAAAAUUUUUUUUUUAAAAUGUAGAAUUAUUGGCCAGCAUUUUUUUACUGGCUGUCUCUCCUCAUUUUCCAUGGUCUCUCGUCUUCAAAAUUGUUGAAAAUCUCGACAGAGUCUGUUAAGGGUUGGCUUAAUUUUCUGAUAAUUUUGACACAACCCUUCGUGGAUCUCCGAUGAAAAAUUUUAACGAACUUAGAUAAUCACAACGAUUUGAAACCAGCAAAAAAAAAAAAAAAAAAAAAAAAAUAAUAAUAAAAUAAUAAAAAAGAAAUAAAAUCCCAAGCAUUCCCUUUUUAGACCUCGAACUUCUUCGCCGUUACAUUUACGAUCCAACCACAAGAACCUAUCGGAUUGAGUACGCCCAUGAAGUGAAGGUCCAUGAAAGUCGAAGGUCCAGUCAAGGGGGCUCCUAUUCGGAUCUCCGGAGGAUCAGUCCAACUCGAGGCGGUGAUUCCUCGGGGGAAAUCGCCGAUAUUAAUCGAGGAAUGAGGGUGAGAUUUUUUGAAAAAAAUAUGUGAAAAAAAUAUUUGAAAAAAUAAAUGUUACAUCUUAUUUUCAGCGAAAUACAAGUGCUCCAAACCUGGAGAAAGACUCGAAUAAAGAGAAUCAAACUCGACUGGAUUAUUCUCCGCAAAUUUUGAAAAAAUUACUCGGAGAUGCGAUCAUGAAUGAGUCGGCUAGAGGAGUUGGACAACAGUAAGUUUAAAUUUUAUUUCAUCAAAAAAAAGGCUUUUACAAACAAAAUUGGACAAAUUUUGGUUUAAAAUUUCAUGAAUUUCGGCGAUUUUUUCACUUUUGAAGCUUCAAUUUUCUUGCUGAAAAUUCCAUUUUUCAGAACCACAAUUUCUCCAGUUCGCCCUCAAGUUGUUCGAAUGCCAUUUGACCCAAACGAAUUUGAGAGACAAUCUCGGCAACAACAACGACCCACCUCGAGGAACCGGGGCAUAGGAGAGGGCGCCCAAUUCGAGCCAGCUCCGGUCAGCCAAGGCUCUCCCGACCGGUCGUUGGACAAAAGCAAAGACGGGAUUUUUGAGAGAAACUCGUCUAGUCGGCAGGUAGGCCGUGUUGGUGAAGUUUAAGCUUUUUUAAAAGCCCUUAAAAAAGUUUCAAAGGCCCAUGAGGUGACAAUUUAUACGAUCAAUUGUGCUUAUAGUCCAACUUUUUUUAUUAAUCUUUUAGUCCCUCCACAACAGCCCGAUUCGUCAUGGUGGAGUCCGGCAUGCCAUUGUGACUAAAGAUCCGAAUGCCAUCGGGCAAGAAAUUAGCCAGCCAGCGCAGAGGCCGGUCAUUCAGCCGCUUCCUCGAACGCAGAUUGGCCAACAAGUCCGGCAGGCACAACCGUUGCCCGCUCAGAAUGGGCAAGCUCAAAUUCCCGGGCAAGUUCAACGACAAGGGCCGGGGUAUGGCCAAAAUGUUGACCCCAAUCGACCGGGCGUUCAAAUUGGGCAAGUUGGACAGGAUGGAAGAUUUGACCCAAAUCGACCUCAAGGGCAGGUUCAAACCCCCGUUCAAAGCCCUGACCCUCGUUACGCGGUUCCCCAACGGCCUCUGGUAAUCACUCAACACACCCAAGAACAAGGUCCGGGAUAUUGGGUGGGCCAACGGGGCCGGGAAAUUGAAGAUACGACGAUUACAAGGCAAUAUCCACAAAGGGGGAAUCAGAGUGCACAACAGUCGGGUCAAGGGAGACCGGGCUCGGGGAUUGGGCAGCCAAUCGGAGAAGGAAGUUAUGAUCCGAACAGACAGGGGCAGAAUCAACCAUAUCCGUAUGAUUCGACCGGACAGACCGCGGGAUACCCGUUGCGGCCCGGGACGGGUCGAGGAAUCGCUCCACCGACCUCGGGUAGGCAUUAUAUGAGGCUGGAUUCGUAUUUUAAAAAAAUUUUUAUAAACUAUCAAGCCAUGAUAAAUCUUGAUUUUUGAGGUUUUCUCCUGUAAUUUCACAAAGUUCAAAAUUUGAAAUUCCAAUUUCAGGGCAAGGAGUUGACCCUCGGUAUCAACAAGGUCUCAACAAAGCCCCUCAACAGUCUUAUGACCCAAACAGACAGAAUGGACCGUCGCCGUAUGUCAGGACGGACGUCCACGGAGUUAGAACCGACUACAUUGGGACUCGAGAUGGCCGAUGGAUCGAGAAACGAGGCUAUGAGAUCACUAGAGACGAUCUGUUGACUCCUAAAGUAAGAGAGGGCGCAAGGUCGCUACUUUCAUGAUUUUUUGAAUGUUACUUGUGAAUUAUCCUCUGCUUUCACUUUCAAUACACGAGUCAUUAUGCUCGAUUCACAAGGACGGUCCCAAAAAAAUAUUUUUUUUGUCGGAUAUCGACCUGUCGGGAAAAUAAUAUGGAUUUGCCGCUGCAAAAUUUCUGGUCGUAAUAGCAGACUAAAUCCACUGCCGUAGCCAGCCAUCGCAGAGCGGUGUUAGACGACCUCACGAAGCGACAAUUCCACUUUAUUUUCCCGACAAACUACCCAUGCAAGACUGUAAAAUUUCACUACGCUUAACAUCCCUCUCCCCAGCACUUCUCCCCCCACUCUUUUCGCUUGUCUUCAAAUAUCGUAAUCACAGAUUUUAAGGAUGUGGACGCUGGUUUGAACGACCAACAACGUCUUCUGAACCCCAGCUCCAGACGAGGUCGGAAGCCGGCUAAGAAACGAGGGCCUCUCUUCAACUGCUGUUUUUACGUUGUAGCGCCGUUGGUGGUGAUUGGAAUCGUGGCAACGGUGAUCGUAACUUUGGUAUUACUUGCUUAA